CCUCCACUCCCACCCAGUUAUUCUUGACACCACCACGGAUAUGAUCUAUCACCUCGUCAUGUCCCUGUCGAUCGCGAUACAUCGCAAGCCCCUAUCCCCCCACUCCCUGGUCUUCUCCCCGAAACAGCCUCUGCAGAAAUAUUCAUCAGGUCGCCCGUCCGCUGCGACCAUGGCCAUGAUUCCAAAUCUCGUCCGCCACCCAUCACGUCUGCAGCCCAUCACCUGCAGCCGCCAUCGCCGAUACGAUCUGUAUCGCAUCGCCUCUCAACAUGUCAUCCGCACCCACGGAGGGUGAUUUCGACCAUCCUAACCAGCAGCUCCGACGAUCGGUCAUCAUUGCCUUGCCGUUUGCCUUCGCUCUCUCGACCAUUGCGGUGCUGCUGCGCUUGGUGGCGCGCAGAGUCAACGGCACGCGCCUGUACCUGGACGACUAUCUGAUUAUCGUUGCGCUGAUCUUCAAAUAUGGCUGUUCAAUCGGGGUCGUCAUUCUCCUCUGGAACGGUCUGGGAUCCCACAUCACCAUGAUCCCGCAGAAGAACCUGGACGUCUACUUCCAGAUCGGCUGGUCCAACGGUUUUGUCUACCCGCUGUGCAUCGCGUUCAUCAAACUCUCCAUCCUGGCCUCGUACAAACGCCUCUUCGCGGCGCGGGGCAUGUCCCUGGCCGUGACCCUCGUGGCCGUCGCUGUCAUUUGCUGGGUGGUGGGCGUCAGCAUCGCGGGAGUGCUGUCCUGCGUCCCCGUGGCCAAGUUCUGGCACCGCGAGAUCCCCGGCCGCUGCAUCGACCCGGCGACCUUCUACUACGGCCAGCAGAUCCCCAACAUCGUCACGGACGUGGUGCUGCUGGUGAUGCCGCUGAAGAGUGUCUGGGCGCUGCCGAUCGCCAAGACGCAGCGCGCGUUGCUGUCGGGGGUGUUCUUGGUGGGGGUGUUAACGCUAGUCUUCGAUAUCGUGCGCUUGGUCGCGAUGAUUCAUAUCACCGAGAUUGGACCGGAUAUCACCUACAACCAAGCCCCCGUGGCGGUGUGGACGUGCACGGAAGCCGCGGUGGGUAUCAUCGCCGCCUGUCUCUCGCAUCUGCGGCCCUUGUUCCACCUCAGGGCCAGCAGCAGCCGGCUCUGGCGCCAGCCCAGUCCCGAGAUGCGCAGGCGCGAGCUGAAUCCCCCGCCCGAGGAGGGGUUCUCGACCGAUGACACCUUGUUUGACCCGUGGGGCACACAGCAUAGUGGGUUUACGGGGCAUAGUGUUUGUGUGGAGUCGGGAAAGUAG